AUGGCGUCCACCGACCUGACCGCUCUCUCGCCUCGAGCUCCCCACCCCCGGGUGACCACGGGAAAGGUCACGCUGAAGCCGCAUCAGCUGGCGAUGAUCCACCGCUGCGCCGAGAUCGAGGCCACCUGCGAUGUGCUCGUCAUGAACGACAAACCGGGAGCCGGAAAGACCUACGCGAUACUGGGCUGCCUCUUGCGUAGGAAGGAAGAGAUCGGUGGCAGGUGCGAGGCGACCAUCAUCUUCGUGCCACACCACAUCCUCACGCAAUGGCAGGAGAGCAUCCGGGACCUCAUCGGGAUAUCCAUGCGCACGUUCUCGCUGGAGUACGGCCACAUCGACAUCAUCUUACGCAUCGCAGAAGAUCACGACAUCAUCCUCGCCCCGAGCACCCUCUGCUCGAGCGUGGCGAACGCCCUGAAGGCGGCACACGCGUCGAUCCCACGCGUCGUGAUGGACGAGGCACUCGCUCUCGACAUCCUGUACGCACCCGUGCCGGCCAGGAAGGUCUGGUACAUCUCCGGAGACCACGACCUGGCCCAGCACGUCGAACGGAACUGGAGGCCGAACAGCAUGAUGGUGUCGCGGUGCGACGAGAACUUCGUAGCCUCGAGCUUCCACAUCGAGGACCCCCUCGUCGUCGACGAGCACUGCACGUCCCCGCUCCUGGAGAAGGUCCUGAUCCCGUCCGUCGGAGGUUCGGCGGAGGCGCGCGAACGUCUGAACGAGAUGGACUUCUUCCACAUGAGCGCCCCGACCGUCCGCAACGAGAAGGAGCUCAUCCAAGCGCUCCUCCAAUACACGCGCACAUCCAGAGAGUCCAACGCCGCGACGAUCCAGGACUGCCAGCACGCGCUGUCUCGCAACCCGAACCCAGUCCAACAGGGGAUCUACGAGAACCUCAUCCGAGACUGCACGGCGAAGCUGCGGGCGAGCGAUGCUCUGGUCGGAAACAUCACUGGGAACAUCUCGGCGAACGACCUCUGCGUCGCCUGUCUCGAGAAGCUCGACAGGCAGCGCUUCAUCGCUCCGUGCGGUCACAAGCUAUGCGGAGCGUGCGGCGGCACGUGCCUCGUCGUGUGCCCCCUCUGUCGAACCGCACCGGACGGCGUCCCGAACAGGCUCGAGGUCGCCGCGGUCGGCGAGGAAGAUAAGAUCCCGAACAAGCUGGAGUGCCUAUUCCGCCUCGUGACGGACCGGGGCCCGACCGCAAAGAUCCUCAUCUUCUCCAAGCACGUCCGCAUAUACCGCACGAUCCAGGAGGAAUUCCGUGCGCGCGGGGUGACCUACGCGGACCUGGAAGGCGGCUCCCAGGCACGGAUAGACGAGGUCGUCCGAAGCUUCAAGGAGCGGGACACGAAGGUCCUCAUGGUGGACUCCUCGCUGUUCGCGUGCGGUCUGAACAUCGAGAACACCACCGACGUCAUCAUGCUGCACAAGAUGGACGAACAGACCGAGAGGCAGGUCAACAUGAAGACAUCGUAG